ACCUCAUUUGACUAAAAAUAUAAAAAUUACAUUAGUGCAUAGUCCUGAAAAGUCACCUUCAUUUUCAGCAACAGAAACAUUUAUGUGGGUGUUAAAGCCUAGCGCACACAGCAGAUUUUUGUCGCAAAAGACGAAGAUUUUUGUCUCAAAAGACGAAAAUCUGUAGUGUGCGGGGCAAAAUCGCAAAGAUUUUUGUCUUUUACGAUUAUCUUUGAGAUCAAAAAUGUUUGAUAUUUGUCUUUGUCUUUUACGACGAAAGACAAAAAUCGUGCAAUGUGCGGGGUCGAAAGACAAGUUUUUAAUUUUUAAACCAAUAAAACUUGGAUUAUAUGGUCACGUGAAUUCUGUGGAGCCUUUCUUUCCCGCCAAAAGAAAAAAGAUCGAGAACGCCAUGGAGAAUACAGAAGACGAAGUCGGUAUAUGGACAGCAAGCAAAGAGGAGCAGCUUGUCGAUCUGUGGCAAGAAAAGGCUUGUCUGUAUAUGGUUACGUCUCCAGAAUAUUCAGACAGAAACAAGAAGCUAGCAGCCCUGAACGAAAUUGCAACUAAACUUUCUUCAAACGUGAAUCAAGUAAAAAAAAGAAUCGCAUCUCUGCGCACGCAAUAUGCACGCUCCCGCAGAAUCCCAAGCAGUGGAAGUGCACGACCAAAAAAGAUGAAGAAGACUCAAUGGAUAGAAGACCGCCUUCAAUUUUUAAGCCCAUAUGUAUCCAACAGAGUGUCUAUUUCUAAUUUGCAGUCUUCAACUGAAAGUUUAUCUGAGCCACAGCUUAACACUGGUGACAGUGACUGUGAUGGAGACUUGGACGACAAUGAUGCCCCUGCUGCAGAGACACCAGUUUCAACAAGCAGGCCACUGGCUGCUGUUAAAAAAUCCAAAACUGCAAAGCAGAAAAAGGAAGAGGAAGAACUCUCCAUUCUGAAGCCUCUUGCUUCAUCUUUCUCUGCAGAUGAAAAUUUAGCUGCAAAAAAGGAUGCAAAGCCAAGCCCUUCAGCUGCCUUUGGGGAAUACGUUACACAUGCUUUGUCUGUGAUGGAUGAGAAAACAAGACUUGUUGCAAUGAACAACAUUCAAAAUGCUCUUUUUCAGGCACAGAUGGGCUCUUUCUCAAAUGAAUUCAACAACCCAUAUCAUGCUGGUCAACAUGCUAGAAUGCAGUCUUUCAGGCAGUCACUUGACCAGCAAGAUAUGAGUGAAGGGCCAUCGUACGGACAAUUCUAAUCUUUAAAAUUCAUACAGUAUAUUGCUUUCACUGCACUCUUCAAUGUUAUGUGAGUUGGUUUUAAUUAGCACAUUAAAUAUUGUAUUGAAAACCAAAAAGUAGAAAACAAAAAAUGUUAUGUACCUUAAGAUAUCUAUCCUUAAGAUUCUGAUAAAUUGCAUCACAAGUUUCUGUCACUAUUGAUGAAAUUGUUCUUUCUCCAAGUCUAUAUGAAAAUCCCAGGCUGUGAAAUGACUCUCCUGUAAAGAUAUGCAACAUCUUAUUAUACCAAUCAAUAUCUAAAAUGAUAUGAUUACCUCAAUUUCUCCAUGUAAGAUU